AUGGUCAGGCGUACAACUAUAUUUGGAAAUGUCAAGGCCAGCUUGUUCUGUUCCGCUAGUGCCAGAAGACCUGAAAUUUUCCUACUCUUUUGCCUGGGGCAUCUUCGUUGGAUUGUGGAAAAAAAUUUCGUAGAUAAUUUCCUGGGUCAUUCUUGUUGUGAGUGCGUAGCAUCUUUUUUUUGUCUACCUUGGACCCGAGACAUUCUACAAUUUGUAGGAUCUUAUUGUCUUCAGCCACACUUUUAUCAGACGGAACCACGUGAAAAACCCCCUACCCGACAUCAUCUAGGGUUUUUAUUUUGGGGGAAUCUUCGCUACUGGAGAUCCAUUGACACGUUUUCUACCGGGGACCUCUUUCCGAACAGAGACCCCUUUUUCCACCAUAGGGAUUCUUACGUCAUCGGUUUUGAAGCCUUCCUCGCCCAUUUUUAAUUAGUUAGUCAAUAAGCUUUCGCAUUAUGGCUGGCUUAAAUUUUUGUCGUUAGCCGUUAGUAGAUGUAAUAAAAUGUAUUGAUGUUAAUUUUGGCAAUUAUUUACCC